AAAAGAACAUGUGCUGAGAUAAUUGUGCUGUUGUUACAUGAGAUCAUAUGUUGGAUAAAAUUUAAAACAAACGAAACAAAGACAAAAUUAUCACGCAUUGUUUUAUGUAGUAUUUGGACAGUUAGAUUUCGGUGUUAAUACAUUCUAUACCUUUUGUAGUCGAGAUGCUAUGGCUAAAGUUGUUAUUAGCAAGUUUGCUAUUGACAUCAGGAGUGACGCUAAACACAUACAGGCACAAAAAACAAUUUUACCCAACUAUUGUGUGCAUGUCAAAGUCGAAUGUGUCCAUGACAGCCCUCUAUAUACAAGGAUUCGUGCUGGUGUACAUUUUAGGGAUAGUGGUAAGAAAGAUUUUCUUCGGAAGGUUGAGGCAUGUGGAAAACGAGAUCCUCGCGGAAAGGUCUUGGUACUCUUUAACGGAAACGUGUUUAGCCUUUACGAUAUUCAAGGAAGACUUCACGCCGAGAUUCGUCGCUUUGUUCACUCUCCUUCUGUUCCUGAAAGCUUUUCACUGGUUGGCCGACGAGCGGAUAGAUCUAAUGGAAAGGACACCCGCCGUGUCACCACUUUUUCACAUAAGGAUGUUUACUCUUCUCAUCAUACUGGGCUCUUCGGAUUGCGCACUGCUCAUGUUCGCUUACAACUCGACGAUAAAGAGAGGUCCUUCGGGGCAGAUGAUAUUCGGUUUCGAGUACGCCAUUCUUCUCAUAACCGUAACAAAUACCAUGGUAAAGUACUUUUCUCAUAUUCGCGAUUUACACGAACGCACGUGGGAAAACAAGACCGUUUUUGUGUUAUAUACGGACCUAGUCAUCGGGCUGGUCAAAUCGUUGGUUUACUUGGCAUUUAUAAUAACAAUGUUUCGUGUUUACACCUUGCCCGUAUUUGCUUUGCGGCCGUUUUACCAAACGUUAAGGGAUUUUAAAAAGACGCUACGGGACGUAAUCAUGUCGAGGCGUGCUUUGAAAAAUCUGAGUAGCUUGUAUCCUGACGCGACGGCUGAGGAGUUGGCUCGGGAAGAAGUUUGCAUAAUCUGUCGAGAAGACUUACGGUCGAACGCAAAAAAGCUUCCUUGUAACCACGUCUUUCACACGUCGUGUCUUCGUUCCUGGUUCCAGAGACAGCAGACGUGUCCUAUCUGCAGGUUCAACGUGCUGGUGGCACCGAGGCCCGCAGAGAGUCAGGUACAACAACGGCCGGAGGAACAACAUUCCAGAAGAAGCGGCGAAUCGAACGAGUCGUCUCAACGAGAUAGAACGACGACGCGUCAAUGGCGACGUGCUGUUUCAUCACGCGAGAGGAGACAUCGCAGUUCUCGGCUUCGGCGGCACAAAGCGUCCGACAUGACCGACGAGGACAUGAAGCGAUUGCGGUCCGCGACCAUCCACGGCUUGGAAAAAAGGAUGAACAGCCUUCGUGAAGUGCUCAAAAUGACUGAAUCCACUCUCCUUAUGCUGUCCCGGUACUAUUCCGAGAUGGAGGUGAAAACACUGCAGCUCAGUUUUUCCUCAAAGAGGAGCGACUCUCACACGCAGACGGACUCGACCUCUUUGACUGAAUCGGAAACGCAAACCGAGGAAAACGGGGUAAGCGAACAGACAUCAAUAACAAAUUGAAAUUAAUCGAAAAUAAAAAGGAGUUGUUUUUCCUACG